UUUCUUUUUCCUUGUUCCUUUUCGGAUAAUGAACGCCACUAUCGCGGCCGAGCCAUACCAGCUCAACUGGCUGGAAACUCAAUGGGAGGAAAUGUACAAAGGGCGCAACCCUUUGCUGGUCACCGGUGUUUUCGCCUUUGUGAUGCACGAACUCGUCUAUUUUGGUCGAUUUAUUCCAUUCCUUAUUUGCGACUUUAUCCCCUAUUUCAAACAAUACAAGCUUCAACCGAACAAAGUUAACAAGGCUUCAGAUUAUUGGAAGUGCACGAAACAAGUUUUGUAUCAGCAUCUGUUGUUCGAAGGACCAUUGAUUUUCUUCUUCCAUCCAAUGGCCACUUUAUGCGGUAUGAAGGUGGCGGCGCCUUUCCCUCAAUGGCAAUACAUUUGGCCGCAACUCGUCAUCUUUUUCGUAUUUGAGGAUUUUUAUCACUACAUUGUUCACCGACUGAUGCAUUGGCCACCGUUGUACAAGAAGAUCCACAAAGUUCAUCACGAAUAUGCCGCUCCUUUCGGUAUCGCAGCUGAAUAUGCUCAUCCCUUGGAAACGUCUAUUUUGGGAUUCGGUACCAUUGGUGGUCCGUUGAUCUACCAUUUAGUCAACAAACAAUACGUGCAUGCAGGACCACAGUGGGAUCUUCAUCUUGUUACGGUCUUGUUAUGGAUUGUGUUGCGUUUAAUUCAAGCGAUCGAUGCUCACUCGGGUUACGAUUUCCCUUGGUCGCUGUGCCAUUGGAUCCCAUUCUGGGCCGGUGCCGAUCACCAUGACUACCACCACAUGGCAUUUGUUGGCAAUUAUGCUUCCACCUUCCGUUGGUGGGAUUACCUUCUUGGCACCGAUAAAAAGUAUCGUGCUUACCGUCAUCGCCAAGCGGAGGAACGUCGUCUCAAGGAAAAGAAAAAACUCUAAGGGACAAAAAAUUUUCCCUCAUGUUUCACUCGCUUUAUUUUUAAAUCAACUUUUUUUUUUCGCUUUUCCUCCCUACUCGCGUUGAUCUUAUUCUUCCACCAGCUUAGACAUUAUUCCUAUUUCAUCAAUAAUUGUAUUUGUAACUUUUUUCCCCGUAAUAUCCUUAUUCUGCUUUCCAUCAUUAUCUUUUCUCAUUGAAAGACAUCAUCGGACAAUCCGUUUCGCUUUUAAUAAAAUUAUGUUCAGGCGGAUGAAUUAUUUACUCUGGCGGUCUUUUAAUGGACGGAGAAAGUGCACGCUGAAUAGAAAGAUAGAAUCGGCCCAAAAA